UUUUAUAAAUGCUAUAAAAUGCCCAAUCAAGCAUUCAAACUUUUUGCUUUUCAGAAUUUGAUAAAAUGCAGAAGGUUUGAUAUAUCUGGAGCAAAGAUGGGUUCUACAGGACGUGCAUCCUUGUUAGAAGUUGCUGAGAAAGAAGUUGAUUUCACAGUUUUUUCUUUAUCCUGGAUUCCUUCGUCUGCUCGUUUAGUUGUGAGCGGAGCAUCCAACGCAGGAGCUGGGUUGAUCAAGGUCUUCAGCUUGGGUGGACGAGAUCUCUCAGAGACAGGUUCAGCUAAUCUUCCCAGAGCUAUCAGAUGUGGAACCUUUUAUGUCUGUGAUUUGACGGAUAGGGUUUACUGUUGCGGAGAUUUCUCCGGAUCCUUAGUUUUCUGGGAUAUUGAAACCUUACUCCAGGUGGACACUGUCAAGGCACACUCCGAUAUAGUGAACACUAUUGCUGGCGGUGGUAUUGGGUCUUCAGAAGUAGUUACAGGUGGUCGGGAUGGAGAAGUAAAGUUAUGGGACCGGAGAACUCUAGAGAAACCUAUUCUGCGUAUGUCUCCUGGUGAAACAGAGACAAAGAGAGACUGUUGGUCCGUCUCUCACUCAGGUCCAGACUCUAAACUUGUCGCUGCAGGGUUCGAUAACGGUGAUAUAAAAGUUUUCGAUGUUAGAGCGACUAAACUACUGUGGGAAACCUCCUUAUCUAGAGGUGUAUCAAACCUGAACCUGGUUCAGGGUUCUACUCCUGGUUUAGUGGCAGGAACAGUUCAGGGCAAACUAUUCAAAUGGAAAAUAUCAUCUGGAGAUUCUACACAAUCUACACAGUUGGAUAAAUCUACUGUUUGGUCUACGGAGAUGAUAAAAGAUGGAACCCUGGUGAGCUGUAUGGGCUCCGGAGCACUCUGUGUCACGGAGUAUAAUAAGGACGGAUUGGAGUGUGUCAAUACUCACCAAAUAUCUGAACCUCCUCUUACAGGUCUUGCCACCAGUUCAGACAAACCUGGUUUAUUUGCUACAUCUAGCUUUGAUAAAUCCAUCAGAAUAUAUUUUUAUACCGGUGCAAAGUAGAUUUUUUUACAGAAAA